AUGGCCAAUAUCCUCUUGCUACUAGUACUCUCGCUCUUCUCCUGGGUCGUGGCAGCCGGUCCUGUCAACUCCAGUCCUGACAACAGUAACAGCAAUAACGACCAACAAGCCCUCCCGGAAUGUACCGUGGUCAAUGCCGCCAACAAGGCGUUCUACGACCUCUCGUCAUUGAGCCGUCCUAAUGUCGAGAAAGGUUUGUCCAAACCACCAGCUUUUUCUGCUAGAGGUUUCGAUUACCUUUAUAACUUCACUUUGGGAGUCUGUGCUACCCCACUCAGUGGUUCAAGCAUCAAGAACAGCCACGACAUUGACUCGUCAAUCAAGAACGCUUCGUUGAUUGGAGGGUACUACACCGGUCUUGAUGGCAUCAAAUACAGUAUUGGGAACUUCAACCAGACUCCAAUUUUCAGAGGAAGAAAAUUGGUGUUGACCUAUACCAAUGGCAGUUACUGCCGCGACCCCCAUACUAACGGGUACUUAAAAGACGCCAACGGCAAAAACUUGAGAAAGUCCACGAUAUUGAGCUUCACUUGUGACAAAGAAAUGGUUUCAAAAGCCCAGGCGUCAUUUGUUGGCGCAUUGAAUGGCUGUGAUUAUUUCUUUGAGGUUAGAACCCCUCACGCCUGUAUUACUCCCAAAAAGGCUGAUGAUUUGGCAGCAAUUUGGAUCUUCUUAUUCAUUUUGUUUGCUGCGUUGUCCGUUUAUUUCAGUGGUGGAUUCCUUUAUAAGACCUUGUUCCGCCGCAACAAUAAUGGCGGAUGGAUCCAUUUGUCAAAUAAUGUCAGGUCGGGUCUUAAAAAUAAUUCUUUUAAAAACUCUUUUGUCACAAAUCAUCGGGGUGAAGGUUUGAUGGACGAAAGCGGAAGGUAUCAAGAUGAUACCAAUGAGGAUAAUGAUGAUACAAAUAAAUUAUUGGAUCAUUUGGAUAGCAAUUUGGAAAAUGUAUCUAACGGGAAUCGUAACGAAAAUUGGGAUUGGAAUGGUGCUUGA